AUGUUGAUCUAUAGCCUAUCCGUCUCCCUUCUUUGGGCAGCCUUUGCUCUGGCGUCGCCCACGGGGACUCCUGAGCGCCGUGGUGCCAGGACGGCUACCGCCGUUGUCCCGGCCGGGACGAUAUUGGGAAAUGUGCAGAACGGUGUCGAAUCAUUUGGUGGCAUCCCAUAUGCAAAACCUCCUCUUGGUCCAUUGCGGAUGAAGCCCCCAGUGCGUCGAACCGAGUCUUUGGGUGUCUUUGAUGCCACCGGCCCUGCCGGGGCUUGCCCCCAGCACGCGGCUUCAACCGAGAGCAAGAAUUUCCUUCUCAACACCCUUGGAUCGAUUGCGAAUCUCCCAUUUGUUCAGAAUGUCACUGGACAGUCUGAAGAUUGCCUAACAAUUACUGUUGCCCGCCCCGAGGGCACAACUGCUGGAGCCAAGCUACCGGUCCUCUUCUGGAUCUUUGGCGGCGGCUUCGAAAUUGGGUGGACAUCGAUGUACGACGGCACGAGUCUCAUCAACCAUGCCAGGUCCAUCAACCAGCCAUUCGUUUUCGUCGCGGUUCAGUACCGUGUUGCAGGAUACGGGUUCAUGCCAGGCAAGGAAAUCAUGGCCGAGGGCUCCGGAAACGCCGGUCUGCUCGAUCAGCGCAUGGGCCUGGAGUGGGUUGCAGACAACAUCGCUGCCUUUGGAGGCGACCCCGACAAGGUGACCAUCUGGGGCGAGUCGGCCGGCGCCAUCUCGGUGCUCAGUCAGAUGAUUCUCUACGACGGCAACAACACGUACAAGGGGAAGCCGUUGUUCCGCGGAGCCAUCAUGAACUCUGGGAGUGUCGUUCCCACAAACCCCCUGGACUCCCCCAAGGCGCAGGCAGUGUUUGACAAGGUCGUCCAGACCGGAGGCUGCGGAAACGCCGCAGACAAGUUGGGAUGCCUCCGAGCCCUGAGCUCUACAGACUUCCUGAACGCCGUAACCUCGGUGCCCGGCAUCCUGUCGUACGAGUCUCUUGCGCUGUCCUAUCUGCCCCGUCCGGACGGCAAAGCCAUCACCCUGUCGCCAGACGCCCUGAUUCGGGCUGGAAAGUACGCGCCUGUCCCCAUCAUCAUUGGCGACCAGGAGGACGAAGGCACCUUGUUCGGUCUCUUCCAGCCCAACCUUACCACCACCAGGGGCUUUGCCGACUACCUGAGGUCGUACUAUUUCCCCGGCGCAACCACAGAUCAACUAGUACAACUGGUGGAAACGUACGGAAGCGGCCUCUCUGCCGUAACCAAUGGUAGCCCGUUCAACACGGGACUCCUCAACGAUAUAACCCCGGGCUUCAAGCGCCGGGCAGCCGUACUGGGGGAUCUGGUCUUCACGCUUACUCGACGCAUGUUCCUGACAGGGGCGAGUUCGGCCUACCCAAAGGUUCCGUCGUGGUCAUACCUGGCCUCCUACGACAAGGGGACUCCCGUCAUGGGCACUUUUCACGCUUCGGAUCUUCUCCAGGUGUUUUACGGCGUCAACGACAACUAUGCCGCCAACAGCAUUCGCACGUACUACUCCAACUUUGUGUACAACCUGGAUCCCAAUGUCGGAGUGUCUGGCAAGUAUCCAGACUGGCCGCUUUGGUCAGAGGAGAACAACUUGGCUCACUUCUUUGCCGACAAGUCGACGCUGCUCAAGGACGAUUUUAGGCAGGCGUCGUUUGAGUGGAUUACAAACCACAUUGAAGCGCUACGAUUCUAG